AUGGAGGAUUCGUGGCCAUACAUAUCUUAUCGCGCACUCCUAAAAGCAACUGAUGGUUUUUCUUCAAUGAAUUUGAUCGGUGUUGGAAGCUUUGGUUCUGUUUACAAGGGGAUAAUUGAGGAGAAUGGUACAACCGUUGCAGUGAAGGUUCUUCAUUUAGUGCAUCGUGGUGCUCUAAAGAGCUUCAUGGUGGAGUGCGAGGCAUUAAAGAAUAUCAGACAUCGAAAUCUUCUAAAGAUAUUGACAAUUUGCUCAGGUAUUGAUUAUCAGCAAAAUGAUUUUAAGGCCUUAGUUUAUGAGUACAUGGAAAAGGGAAGCCUAGAAAGGUGGCUACACCCAAACGCAACACCAUCUCACAGGAACGAACCUACCCAGAAAUUGAAUUUCUUUCAUAGGAUAAAUGUUGCUAUUGGUGUUGCUUAUGCACUGGAUUAUCUUCAUCACCAGUGCCACAUCCCCAUCGUUCAUUGUGAUCUAAAGCCUGGCAAUAUCCUUUUAGAUGCUGACAUGGUUGCCCAUGUUGGUGACUUUGGAUUGGCUAAGUUCCUCCUUGGAUCAUCCUUUGAUAAUGUAGCUAAUCAAAUGAGCUCAAUGGGCAUAAGAGGAACAAUUGGUUAUGCUCCACCAGAAUAUGCAAUGGGAUAUGAGGUUUCAAGAGAAGGCGAUAUCUAUAGUUAUGGCAUUCUCUUAUUGGAGAUGUUCACAGGGUUGAGUCCCACCGAUGACAUAUUUAGAGACAAUUUGACUCUUCAUAGUUUUGUGGCUGAAGCUUUACCUGAACGACUUGACAGGGAAGUACUUGGACGUCUGGAAUUGCUCUCGGUUCCUAGAGAUAUGUUUGCUCAGGUGGAUGAAUUAGGAUGUGUUGCUUUCGGUAUCAGCCUCCUAGUAUGCGGCAAUCCAAGGAAAUGUAUCGGUGGUCGGUGCGCGUAG